AUGCCUUUUCCACAAGCACUUUCAAUACCUCUGGUGCUUCCCGCAAUGAAAACCAAACCUGCCCAUAUUCAUUUAAAAGAGGAUGCAACAUCUAGAGCACAUCAUUCACCCAUACCAGUUCCCUUAUGCUGGAUGGAACAAAUCAAAUCUCAACUUGAUUCGGACGUGGCAAGUGGAGUUCUGGAAAAGGUACCAAUUGGAGAAGCUGUAAAUUGGUGUAGUAGAAUGAUUAUCGUACCCAAAAAUGGGUCUCCACGACGCACAAUAGAUCUGCAAUAUCUGAAUUCCCAAUGCAAACGUGAAACGCAUCAUUGCAAGCCCCCCUUUGUGCUGGCAUGCCAAAUUCCACCACAAACCAAGAAGACCAUCAUAGAUGCUACCGAUGGUGACCAUUCUAUUGAAUUAGACGUGGACAGUCGUCCCCAUACCACAUUUAUCACUCCUUGGGGUAGAUACCGCUACCGACGGCUCCCCCAAGGUCAUCUUGCGUCAGGCGAUGCUUACACACACCGCUACGAUGAGCUCAUCAAAGAUGACCAAAGCAAAGUCAAAUGUAUAGAUGAUGUGAUUUUAUAUGAUGAUGACGUGUAA